UCAUGAACACCAGAACCACAGACUCUGGACUUUAUGAAGUUGAGAUCAUCACCAGCAGAUCAGAGGAUACACACAGAUUCAGUCUUACUGUGAAUGGAAUCUGAACCUAACCAAAAAAAGACAGAUGAAGCUAGAUGCCCGAAUCCAGACCCCCGACAGCGUCAUAAAGGCACAUCCACUGGAAGAGGCCGUUCAAGCUGGCAGGUGGGCCUCUUUCUCCUCCCAGGACCAGAUCUUCAAAAACUUCCAUCUUUGUCUGACCGGCAUGCCCUGACAAAUAAUGGAUUAGGAGUUCCAGCGAAGGAGAUCACUGAUUGUCAACUGUCUACAAUUGAUUUAAACUGGAGCCUAUCAGAUUUGAAUACUUUCGUUUGUCAGAGCUUCCCUAUGAUUAGUUUGAACCUGGUGGGUUUUGAGUUGGCAAAAGUAGACAAGGGGAAAAAAAUCAAGAAGGUACAUGCAAGCUCUGUGAGAGAUCUGAAGAAGAUUGUGGGAAAAAGCAGACUUUAUGUUGUCCCUCGUGCUGAAGUGGGCCAGCCAAUCAACUUGCAUCUGAGUCAACCAAUCAUAGGACCUAACCCUGAAACAACAGAGAUAAGUGACUUGCCUCUCAUUCAACCAAUAACAGAACCUGAACCUGAAACAACAGAGACAAGCAACUUGCCUCUGAGUCAACCAAUCACAGAACCUGAACCUGAAACAACAAAUGAUUUAGAGGAGUGGAGAGCUCUAAGGCGACAGCAAGACCAAGAGUACGAACAAUCACUGAGAGCUGAUCAGGAAAAGGAUCGGAGGACAGAAGAAAUAUCUCAAUAUGAAGAGAGGCGCUUAAAGAUAAUAGAGGAAAGACUUAAGAGGUCAGGUGGAGAACCAGCUGAUGGCAUACCAUUGAAAUUUACUUUCCCAGAUGGCACAAUGACAAUUAGACGGUUACAAGUAUUUGAUCAAAUGCAGGUCCUGUUUGACUUCGUGGGAACACAUUCAUCAGCCACAGAGUAUUUUUAUAUAAGGGAAGCUACAUCAGCAGUUUCAAUAUCCAGCACAGUUCCUGGGACUCUUCUGGAUCAUUACUUGAUUUCUCCAUUGAACAUCCAUGUUCGAUGGAUGGAUAUGGAGGAUGUACAGGCCAUCUUCCACCAGCAAAAUCCAGUUCUUUUGCCAGGCCCAGAAGAAUCUGAGCCUAGUGAGGUUCAAUAUGACGUUGAAAUAGUGGAAUCUAUGAUUUCAGAUGAAAUUCACGCUGAGGUUGACUUAGAAAUCAUGGAUUCUGCUUCUCAAGAAGAAGUGUACUCGAUUCACAGUGAGACUGCCUCAGAAAUAAUUGAUCCUGGACCACAAAUACACACCAACUACAUUGACAUAAUGCCAGAAAAUGAUUUACCUGAGCCAGAUGACCAAGAACAGCAAGAUGCUUCUGAAGUCGUGUAUUUGGAGGACCUUGUCUCUUCUACAGAGGAGAUACUUUUGGAGCUUGGGCAAGAAAUAAACUACAACUUAAGCUGCAGAUUCAACAUUAAUCGAAAAAAUGUACUAGAUGGUGCAUUCAGAGCAUUUGGACUUAAAACCUAUGAUCCAUUCAGGAGAAUUUCUGUCCUAUUUUCUGAUGAAUGUGGAAACUUUGAAGAGGCUGUGGAUUUGGGAGGCCCAAGGAGGGAGUUCCUCAGUUUGCUAAUGGAAGAAAUUGAAAAAUCUGCUAUGUUUGCAGGCCCAGAUGGACGAAAAAACCUAGCUCUUGACUCAGUUGCUGUCAGAGAAGACAGAUACUAUCUUGUUGGAAAAGCUAUAGCUGUCAGCAUGGUUCACGGAGGACCAUCUCCAGGAUUCUUUUCCUCCAUUUUAUUUGAAUACAUCAGUAAUGGACAAGUCUCACCCACCAUAGAAGAUGUGAAUGACUUUGACUUGCAAGUUAAAAUCAAAAAGAUUUCAAAUGCUGCAUCCAUGGAGGAGUUAUGUGAGGCAACAGAGUGUUUGAGUGAAUACCUGGCAAAUGCAGGAUGCCUUCGAGCUGUAAAAUGCCUAAAAGACAAAGAUCUGCUUUUACAAGACAUCCUACUGUUCCAAGUUGUGAACAGACUCCAUGGUCCACUUGAACGUCUCAAGGAGGGCCUGAGGACUCUAGGAUUGUUGGCGGCUGUUGUUAAACAUAAAGAAGCCUUCAGACCCCUUUUUUGCAGCCCACAUCAGCCACUUACUGCAGACACCCUUGAUCGGUUAUUUGAUAUUCGCUACUCCAUUGCUGGAAGUAACAAGCGGGCAGAAGAAAACACUACAGUCGCAUUCUGGAGGGACUACCUUCUAGAUGCAGAAGAGGGCAACUCUAGCUGCUCACUAGAAAAAAUUCUUAAAUUUGCUACGGGAUGCGGUGUUCUGCCAGCAAUUGGAUUAAAGCCACAGCCAUCCAUUGAGUUCUUACACCCUGUCGAUUCUUCACCUUGGUAUGCUACACCGAGAGAGAAGUUUCCAACUGCAAACACGUGCAUCAACUGCUUGCGUCUUCCUGUGCAUAAGAGCUACGAUAUGUUUAAGUCUAAUAUGGACUUUGCCAUUUGUAACACACAAGGGUUUGGUCAAGAGUAGGAUGAGAAAACUGAACUACUUUACUGAUAAGUCUGUUGUUGAUAAGUUUGUUGUUUUGGGUUUCAAAAAUUGAGAUCUAAAUUUACAUUCUGCAUAGUAAACAAAAAAAUGUUUAAGGAGUUUAGAAGAAGUUAGUUGGUGACAAUCCAACAAGUUCUUGAAAAACAUUAAAUCCCAGUAAAUUUAAAGAGUUUUAUGCUGAAAGUGUUUUAAACAGUACUUAAUACUGAUUUAGAAAAUAAAGGGUUUCAGAAAGGUUUGAGAGUUUUGCACCAAUUUUAAUGGACAUAACUGAAAAAUAAAGACACGUAAAGAAUUUUGAAA